UGGCUCGUCUCUGCGUUGUGAGGUGCAGCAGCGCGAUCCCUCCCCGACGUAGACGGAGUCUACUACAGGGAGAAAACCUGGGCAGCAGCGGCACACGCUGCCAACACACGGAGCCGGCUGCCUGCGGAUUCCCAGCAAGGAAUUUGAACAACCUCUGAAUAUUCUUUGCGCAUUUCCACUGUAAAGCCGUGUUGCUUUUAUGCCUGGCGCGGUGAUCACCCGAACACAUGAAUAAGUCAUGCUGUCUAGACACACAAUUCAGAUGGCUGCCUUCAUUAAGCCUUCUGCUGAGUGUUUGUGUGUUUCCUCUUGGUGUGAAGAGUAAUAUUUGUGUGAAAUGCUGAAGGCUGAUUUUUAAAUGCAUGGCAGAGUUACACGCAGAGCUUUACUGGAAUGACAAAGCUUCAUUUUCGUAGCAAAAGGCCCAUCCGACUGGUUCACCAAGGUGGUCAUUGCAGAUUAGAAUUACAAUCUGAUUCCUUUGUGCCAGAUUAAACCAGCACCCAGACCGUCAGUGGAGAGUCGAGGUUUACAGUGUGGUUUAGUCCAAGUCUCGACGUAGUCUGCCAUGGAAAACAUGUUGAACACUUUAAGCGUAGACUCCUUCACAAGACGCGGGUGUGUUUCUGAGAUGAGCCCUACCCUGUUGCAGUGUAACUUUCUUCGGUGCAGAAAGUUACAGACUCGUUGUAAGCGAAGCCCUGGCGUAGUUCCCGGGAGGGUUUUGGUGUUGAUGUGGCUCUUCCCUGCCACUCGGAGUCACCAUUACACUCCCCUUCUGCAGCCUCGCGCUCGAGAAGUUGAACUCGUACAUUUUGUCAGACGCGUCGCAACGGGCAGAACAGACAAGUGCGCAUUUGAAGACCGAAAUAUUUGACGGAGCAGAGGGGGGUGGUGGGUUUUCGUUUUGUUUUAGAUUUUUUUUCUUCUUCUUCCUUCAUUCUUUUCUCGUGUUGCCAUUAAUUUGCACGUGUAACGACCUCGGCAGUGUUCCGGGGUCGUUAUGAAGAGGCGGUCCGCGAGGGAGAGCGCGCGCCUUUGUGGUCCGUUAAUCGCGGCACGUCGGCGUACGUGCGCGCUUUGCCACGACGAGAAGAGACCUCGGCUCUUUAAUGAGCUGCGGAGAGCCGCUGAGAUCCCUUGCCAUUGUAUGCCAGAAGAAUAAGACGUCAGGAUGGUGGCCCUGUCGCUGAAGAUCUGCGUGAGGCAGUGCAACGUAGUGAAGACCAUGCAGUUCGAGCCCUCCACGCCGGUGUACGACGCCUGCCGCAUCAUCCGAGAGCGGGUUCCCGAGGCCCAGACCGGACAAGCGUCGGAUUAUGGCCUGUUCUUGUCAGACGAUGACCCCCGGAAAGGGAUUUGGCUGGAAUCGGGGCGAACGCUGGAUUACUACAUGCUGCGGAAUGGGGAUGUUCUAGAGUACAAGAAAAAGCAGAGGCCACAGAAGAUCAAAAUGCUGGAUGGUGCCAUCAAGACCAUCAUGGUGGACGACUCCAAAACCGUGGGCGAGCUGCUGGUCACCAUUUGCAGCCGUAUCGGGAUCACGAACUACGAGGAGUACUCUCUGAUCCAGGAGCAGGGCGAGGAGGAGAAGAAGGAGAGCACAGGCACGCUGAAGAAGGAGCGCACCCUGCUCCGAGAUGAGAGGAAGAUGGAGAAACUCAAAGCCAAGCUCCACACCGACGACGACUUGAACUGGCUGGACCACAGUCGGACGUUCCGUGAGCAAGGAGUGGAGGAGAGCGAGACCCUGCUGCUGAGGAGGAAGUUCUUCUACUCGGACCAGAACGUGGACUCCCGCGACCCUGUGCAGCUCAAUCUGCUCUAUGUACAGGCCAGAGAUGACAUCCUGAACGGCUCACACCCCGUGUCCUUUGAUAAGGCCUGUGAGUUCGCCGGAAUCCAGGCGCAGAUCCAGUUUGGUCCCCACGUGGAACACAAACACAAGCCUGGAUUCUUAGACCUGAAGGAGUUCCUGCCCAAAGAGUACAUCAAGCAGAGAGGAGCCGAGAAGCGCAUCUUCCAGGAUCACAAGAGUUGCGGCGAGAUGACGGAAAUUGAGGCGAAGGUGAAAUACGUGAAACUCGCAAGGUCCCUGCGAACAUAUGGAGUGUCCUUCUUCCUAGUGAAAGAGAAGAUGAAGAGCAAGAACAAGCUGGUGCCGCGACUGCUGGGCAUCACCAAAGAGUCCGUGAUGCGGGUGGACGAGCGGACCAAAGACGUGGUGCAGGAAUGGCCCCUCACCACGGUGAAGAGAUGGGCAGCCUCCCCCAAGAGCUUCACGUUGGACUUUGGCGAAUACCAGGAGAGCUAUUACUCAGUCCAGACCACAGAAGGGGAGCAGAUCUCACAGCUUAUUGCAGGCUACAUCGACAUUAUCCUCAAAAAGAAACAGAGCAAGGACCGCUUUGGCUUGGACGGUGACGAGGAGUCCACCAUGCUGGAGGAAUCGGUGUCCCCAAAGAAGUCCACCAUCCUGCAGCAGCAGUUCAACCGCGUGGGCCGCGUGGAGCACGGCUCGGUGGCACUGCCAGGCAUCAUGCGUUCAGGCUCCGUCGGCGGGCCGGACACGUUCAACACGGGCAGCAUGCCGGCGCCCCAGCAGCAGAUCACCAUGGGGCAGAUGCACCGAGGCCACAUGCCCCCCCUGAGUCUGGCCCAGCAGGCCUUGAUGGGAACCAUUAACAGCAGCAUGCAGGCGGUGCAGCAAGCUCAGGCCGACCUGGGCCAGGUGGACAACCUGCCCCCGCUGGGGCAGGACAGGGCAUCCCGGGUUUGGGUCCAGAACAAGGUGGACGAAUCCAAGCAUGAAAUCCACUCUCAAGUGGACGCCAUCACUGCGGGGACAGCGUCCGUUGUCAACCUCACUGCAGGUGACCCCACAGACACGGACUACACGGCAGUAGGCUGCGCCAUCACCACCAUCUCCUCCAACCUGACGGAGAUGUCGAAGGGCGUGAAGCUGCUGGCGGCGCUCACGGACGACGGCGUGGGCAGCGGCCAAAACCUGAUGGGCGCGGCCAGGACUCUCACCGGGGCAGUGUGCGACCUGCUCCGGGCUGUGGAGCCCGCAUCCGGAGAGCCCAGGCAGACAGUACUGACAGCUGCGGGCAGCAUCGGACAGGCCAGCGGAGACCUGCUGCGCCAGAUGGGGGAGGGGGAGACAGACGAGAGAUUCCAGGACAUCAUGAUGAACCUGGCCAAGGCGGUGGCCAACGCGGCGGCCAUGCUGGUGCUGAAGGCCAAGAACGUGGCGCAGGUCGCCGAGGAGGCCGUGCUGCAGAACCGCGUCAUCACCGCCGCAACGCAGUGUGCCCUCUCCACAUCGCAGCUGGUGGCGUGCACCAAGGUGGUCAGCCCUACCAUCGGCUCCCCAGUGUGCCAGGAGCAGCUGGUGGAGGCGGGCCGGCUGGUGGAGCGCUCGGUGGAGGGCUGCGUCAAGGCGUGUCACGCCGCCUCCGAGGAGGCGGAGCUCCUGCGGCAGGUGAGCGGGGCGGCCUGCACCGUCAGCCAGGCCCUGGGCGACCUGCUCCAGCACGUGCGCCACCACGCCAGCUGUGGUGAACCCAUCGGCCGCUACGACCAGGCCACGGACACCAUCAUGACCGUGACGGAGAGCAUCUUCUCGUCCAUGGGGGACGCGGGAGAAAUGGUACGGCAGGCGCGUGUCCUGGCCCAGGCCACGUCAGACCUGGUGAACGCCAUGCGCUCAGAUGCAGAGGCAGAAGUCGACAUGGACAACUCUAAGAAGCUGCUGGCUGCAGCCAAACUGCUGGCUGACGCCACUGCCAGGAUGGUGGAGGCAGCAAAGGGGGCGGCGGCACACCCAGACAAUGAGGAGCAGCAGCAGAAGUUGCGCGAGGCGGCUGAGGGUCUGCGCGUGGCCACCAACGCCGCAGCGCAGAACGCCAUCAAGAAGAAGCUUCUGAACAGACUGGAGAUCGCCGCCAAGCAGGCAGCGGCAGCGGCCACGCAGACUGUCGCCGCGGCUCAGAACGCAGCCAUGUCCAACAAGAACCCGGCCUCACACCAGCAGCUCGUGCACAGCUGCAAGGCCGUGGCGGACCACAUCCCUCAGCUGGUGCACGGCAUGAGAAGUAGUCAAGCCCAGCCCGAGGACCUGAGCGCCCAGCUAACCCUCAUCAUCGCCAGUCAGAGCUUCCUGCAGCCUGGCAGCAAAAUGGUGACCUCGGCAAAAUCCACUGUUCCCACGGUAACGGACCAGGCGGCGGCUAUGCAGCUGGGACAAUGCGCCAAGAACCUGGCCACCUGUCUAGCCGAGCUGCGGACGGCGGCCCAGAAGGCUCACGAAGCCUGUGGCCCACUGGAGAUCGAUUCUGCCCUCAACGCUGUCCAGAGCCUCAAGAACGAGCUCCAGGAUGCCAAGAUGGCUGCUCUUGACGGACAGCUCAAACCGCUACCUGGAGACUCGCUGGAGAAGUGUGCGCAGGAGCUAGGGAGCACCUCCAAGGCUGUGGGCUCAUCCAUGGCCCAACUUCUGACCUGCGCCGCCCAAGGCAACGAACACUACACGGGCGUAGCUGCGAGGGAGACCGCCCAGGCCCUGCGGACUCUAGCCCAGGCGGCGCGGGGCGUGGCCGCCUGCACGGCAGAGAGGUCGUCGGCAGCGGCCAUGCUGGACUCGGCGAGUCACGUGAUGGAGGGCUCGACCCUGCUCAUCCACGAGGCCCACCAGGCUCUCAGUUGCCCCGGCGACGCAGAGAGCCAGCAGAGGCUGGCCCAGGUGGCAAAAGCUGUAUCCCACUCUCUGAAUAACUGUGUGAACUGCUUACCAGGACAGAAGGAUGUGGACAUGGCACUGAGGAGCAUAGGAGAAACCAGCAAGAAGCUACUGGUGGAAAAUUUGCCUCCAUGCUCCAAGUCCUUCCAGGAGGCACAGACGGAGCUGAACCACACGGCUGCCGAGCUGAACCACUCAGCCGGCGAGGUGGUGCACUCCUCCCGCCGAACCAGCAGCCAGCUGGCCGCCGCCUCCGGCAAGUUCAGCCAGGACUUCGACGAGUUCCUGGACGCUGGCAUCGAGAUGGCCGGGCACACGCAGUCCAAAGACGACCAGAUCCAGGUGAUUGGAAACCUCAAGAACAUCUCCAUGGCGUCCAGCAAGCUGUUGCUGGCAGCCAAGUCGCUGUCUGUGGACCCCGGGGCUGCCAACGCCAAGAAUCUCCUCGCAGCAGCGGCGAGGGCAGUGACGGAGAGCAUUAACCAGCUCAUCACACUGUGUACCCAGCAGGCCCCAGGCCAGAAAGAGUGUGGCAACGCCCUCCGUGAGCUAGAGGCGGUCAGAGGAAUGCUAGACAACCCCAGUGAACCAGUCAAUGAUCUUUCAUACUUUGACUGCAUAGAGAGUGUGAUGGAAAACUCCAAAGUGCUCGGAGAGUCGAUGGCCGGUAUCUCGCAACACUGUAAGACCGGCGACGUGCCUGCGUUCGGGGACUGUGUGGCCACGGCAUCCAAAGCCCUGUGUGGGCUGACGGAGGCAGCAGGCCAGGCAUCAUAUCUUGUGGGAGUGUCGGACCCCAACAGUCAGUCCGGGCAUCAGGGCCUAGUGGACCCAAUCCAGUUCGCCAAAGCCAACCAGGCCAUUCAGAUGGCAUGCCAGAGCCUGGUGGAUCCGGGCAGUAGCCCUUCUCAGGUGUUGUCUGCAGCCACGAUUGUAGCCAAGCACACCUCGGCGCUGUGUAACGCCUGCCGCCUGGCGUCAUCCAGGACCGCCAACCCUGUCGCCAGGAGACACUUCGUGCAGUCGGCCAAAGAAGUGGCCAACACCACAGCUAACCUGGUGAAAACGAUCAAGGCCUUGGACGGGGACUUCUCGGACGAGAACCGCGAGAGAUGCCGCGUGGCGACGAUGCCUCUUAUAGAGGCUGUUGAGAAUCUGUCCACGUUUGCCUCCAACCCGGAGUUCGCCAGCAUCCCUGCUCAGAUAAGCAACGAGGGCUCAGCAGCUCAGGAGCCAAUCCUGCGCUCUGCCCGUUCCAUGCUGGACAGUUCUGCCCAGCUACUGGAGACCGCGCGUUCUCUCAUAAUCAACCCCAAAGACCCUCCCACUUGGUCCAUCCUGGCAGGCCACUCCCGCACUGUAUCUGACUCCAUCAAGAGCCUCAUCACUGCCAUCAGGGACAAGGCUCCAGGCCAGCGAGAGUGCGACCACAGCAUUGACAGCAUCAACAAGGGCAUCAGAGACAUAGAGCAAGCGUCCCUGGCCGCUGUAGGCCAGAGCCUACCCUGCAGAGAUGACAUCUCACUCGAGGCCGUCCAGGAGCAGGUGACCUCUGCCGUGCAGGAGAUCGGCCACCUCAUUGAGCCCAUCACCACCGCAGCCCGGGGGGAGGCCGCCCAGCUCGGACACAAGGUGAGCCAGCUGGCAAGCUACUUUGAGCCGCUCAUCGUGGCGUCCGUGGGGCUAGCAUCCAAACACAUGGACCACCAGCAGCAAAUGAACAUCCUAGACCAGACCAAGACCCUGGCCGAGUCUUCCCUCCAGAUGCUCUACGCUGCCAAAGAGGGAGGGGGAAACCCUAAGGCGGCCCAUACCCAUGAUGCAAUAGCAGAGGCGGCACAGCUGAUGCGCGAGGCGGUGGAUGACAUCAUGGUGACGCUGAACGAGGCAGCCAGCGAGGGGGGCAUGGUGGGAGGGAUGGUGGAGUCCAUCGCAGAGGCCAUGGGUCGGAUGGACGAGGGAACCCCCCCAGAGCCCGAAGGCACGUUCGUGGAUUACCAGACCACCAUGGUGAAAUUCUCCAAGGCUAUUGCCAUCACUGCACAGGAAAUGAUGACCAAGUCGGUGACGUGUCAGGAGGAGUUGGGUGGUCUCGCCUCUCAGGUGACGCUGGACUACAGCCAGCUGGCCCGCCAAGGGCGCCUCGCCGCCGCCACUGCGGAGCCGGAGGAGGUGGGCGUGCAGAUAAAGGGGCGUGUGCAGGAGCUGGGGCACGGCUGUAUCUACCUGGUGCAGAAGGCCGGAGCCCUCCAGAUGAGCCCGAUGGACAGCUUCACCAAGAGAGAGCUGAUCGAGUGCGCGCGCGCCGUCACCGAGAAGGUCUCCAUGGUGCUGUCUGCCCUGCAGGCGGGUAACAAGGGCACUCAGGCCUGCAUCACGGCCGCCAGCUCCGUGUCGGGCAUCAUCGCCGACCUGGACACCACCAUCAUGUUCGCCUCGGCGGGCACACUCAACGCCGAGAACGAGGAGUCCUUCGCAGACCACAGGGAGAACAUUCUGAAGACGGCGAAGGCCCUGGUGGAGGACACCAAGCUGCUGGUGGCCGGCGCAGCCUCCAGCCAGGACAAGCUAGCCCAGGCAGCGCAGUCCUCGGCCAAGACCAUCACGCAGCUGACCGAUGUGGUCAAGCUGGGGGCAGCCAGCAUGGGCUCUGACGACCCGGAGACCCAGGUGGUUCUGAUCAAUGCAGUGAGGGAUGUGGCCAAGGCUCUAGCUGAACUGAUUGGUGCCACAAAGUGUGCAGCAGGGAAGGCAGCAGAUGACCCUUCCAUGUACCAGCUCAAAAGUGCAGCCAAGGUGAUGGUGACGAACGUGACGUCGCUGCUGAAGACUGUGAAGGCAGUGGAGGACGAAGCCACUCGAGGCACGAGGGCCCUGGAGGCCAGCAUCGAGUUCAUCCGACAGGAGCUGAGUGUUUUCCAGGCCAAGGACACUCCGGAGAAGUUUGCCCCCCCGGAGGAGCUCAUCCGCAUGACCAAGGGCAUCACCGUAGCCACGGCCAAAGCUGUAGCAGUGGGGAACUCGGGCCAGCAAGAGGACGCCAUCUCCACCGCCAACCUGAGCCGCAAAGCCAUCUCCGACAUGCUGGUCACCUGCAAGCAAGCUGCGUUCCAUCCAGAGGUGGCAGAGGACAUGAAGACCAAAGCCCUGCUCUACAGCCAGGAGUGCGCCAACGGAUACAUCGACCUGCUCGAACAUGUCCUCCUGGUGCUGCAGAAGCCUGCAGCAGAGCACAGGCAGCAGCUAGCUGUGCUGUCAAAGAAAGUAGCCAGCUCAGUCACCGAGCUCGUCCAGACGGCAGAAGCCAUGAAAGACGGAGGCUCAGAGUGGGUGGACCCGGAGGACCCUACAGUGGUUGCCGAGACGGAGCUGCUGGGGGCGGCAGCGUCUAUCGAGGCAGCAGCCAAGAAACUGGAGCAGCUCAAACCCAGAGCCAAGCCUAAGCAAGCAGACGAGUCCCUGGACUUCGAGGAGCAGAUCUUGGAAGCAGCCAAGUCCAUCGCUGCAGCGACUAGCGCUCUGGUGAAGUCCGCCUCGGCCGCGCAGAGGGAGCUUGUGGCCCAGGGCAAGGUGGGCUCCAUCCCUGCCAAUGCUGUGGACGAUGGCCAGUGGUCCCAGGGUCUCAUUUCAGCGGCCCGCAUGGUUGCGGCCGCCACCAGCAGCCUGUGCGAGGCGGCCAACGCGUCCGUGCAGGGCCACGCCAGCGAGGAGAAGCUCAUUUCCUCCGCCAAGCAGGUGGCCGCCUCCACCGCCCAGCUGCUGGUGGCCUGCAAGGUGAAGGCCGACCAGGACUCCGAGGCCGUGCGCCGCCUGCAGACCGCCGGCAAUGCCGUGAAGAGGGCCUCGGAUAACCUGGUGAAGGCGGCCCAGAAAGCGGCCUUCGACAAGGCCGAGGAUGACGGCGUGGUGGUGAAGACCAAGUUUGUAGGGGGGAUUGCCCAGAUCAUCGCCGCGCAGGAGGAGAUGCUGAGGAAGGAGAGGGAGCUGGAGGAGGCGCGCAAGAAACUGGCCCAUAUCAGACAGCAGCAGUACAAGUUCCUCCCCAGCGAGCUGCGGGAGGACCAGAGCUGA